AUGGAGUGGAGUGGCCCUCGCUCCUACAGGUCCUUGCUGGAGGCCUUGCGACAAGAGGAGGAGCUGGAACGGCAGUUGGAGCUUGAGGCUCAGCAUGCGCAGGCCGAGUCCGCCGAGUUGCGUGCACAGAUCUUCUCGGAGGCCCAUGCCCAAGCAGCUGCAGAGGAGAGCGCGGCUGCUCUCGAAAUGUACCUUCAGGCAGCCCGGGACAAGGCAGCGGAUGCCUGGGCGAAGCACGAGGAGCCGCUGCAGCGCGCGGCGGUGCAGUUGGCGCGGGCCCGGCGCGGCGCGGCGGUUCUGGAGGAAGAGCAUGCGGACAGAUGGCAACAGCAGGAGAAGCUGCUUUGGCUUCAGCAGGAGGUGGCGCAGAUGGAUCUCCACGACAAGGGUCAUCAGGCGCAGCACCAGCUGUUGACGAAGAAGGCAGCACAGCAAGAAGAGCUGGUUGCAGAGCUGCGGCUGCAGCAUGAGCACCAUGAGGGUACAUUGACUGACGCGCAGUCAGCUGCCUGUCAGCAGGAGGCUGAGCUCACAAAGCUUGAGCAGAUGGUCUCCAGUUACACGUUCCAAGUGACCGCCGCCGGCACGCAGCUGGAGCAGGUGGCUUCUGAGAUCUUUUCCCUGUCAGAGCACCACGAUCGCGAGGUUGCAGUGAUGCAGCAGGAGUUGCAGCUGAGGGACGAGGAGCUCGAGGCCGUCAGCAGGGAGGUGCUGGCACUGCGAGCAGAGGCAAUGCGGACGGAGUCGACACAGCUGCUUCGGCAGUUCCAGGACGUGCCCAGCGGGGUGCACGCCCUGGGCGAGCAAUGCGCGCAGUGCUGGCCUCAGCUCGGCUUGGGGCAUCGGAUUUUGGCCUUCCCACAAGACGGCCACGUGGCUCAAGAGAGCAUGCCUGCUCUCAGCGUAGAGUACAUCAAACAUGCCUCCGGGGAGUUCGACGAGGAGUCCGUGUUCCAGGCCAUUCUGAGCAACCGCUCCAUCUCAAAGAUCGAGCAGCUGAGCAAGUGCUGCAACCUGCGAUGGCUGGAUCUAUCCAAGAAUCAGAUCAUGCGCAUGGAGAACCUGGAGGGCCUCGGUCAGCUCGUCUCAGUGGACCUGUCCUUUAACAAGAUUCUGAAGGUCGGUGAUUUGAGCGGGGCGCCAAUUCUGGAGAGGCUCAUGCUCAAGGCGAAUCCCAUCUCCAAGUUGCAAGACUUGGAAGGCCUGAAGACGGCGCGGGCCCUGCGCCAUCUCGCCUUCCAGAACGUGGACACCUCGGACUCUUGUCCUGUGUGUUCCACCCCAGAGUACCAGCGCACAGUGCAGCAGCACUGCAAAGACUUGGUGGCGCUGGACAGCAAGCGAUUUGCUCUUCCCGACCUGGAUCGAGAGAUCCGGCGCCUGGACGAGCAGACCGCCAUAGACGUACCUGAUCCUGAGCCCUGGUUCACCCAAGCGGACUUGGACUUGGGCGAGCUGCCCAGCCCAGAGGAGCUUGAGGAGACCCUGAAGGAUCCCAUCCAGGACUUCCAGGCUGCCAUGGCCGAAUGCAAGCAAGUGUUCAGAGAGGCAGAAGAACUGCUUCGACUGCAAGAGGCUAGCUGA